AUGGGUUCCGUGGAGAAAUUGACAUCUGACCUUCAAGCGGAACGACAAAAACUUGCAUUAUACGAAAAAAAUUUACGAGGUGAGCCCUUUUAUCAGUUCAAACUGAACGAAAAUGGAUUGCAGUGGCCGUGGAGAGUUGCAAAGUGUUGAAAGCGGAAAAGGAGAAUUUGGCUAAUAUCAUAGCCGGAUUUGCGUGUGCCGAAAUCAAGGUAUCCGUGCUCGUUCUGAAAGAAACAAUGAUAACUUUGCAGCCAGAAUCCAUUGGAAUUGAAGACUUGAAGCAGAAGAUCGGGGCCGCUACAAAGGAGUUUCAGAGCAAAGAAAAUGCACUGGUACUUGCGAGGAACUCGGUCUUGGUAAGGGAAAAUUGAUUGUACAGUUCAAACAUUUGCGUCCUCAGAAAGAAAAUCAAGAACUCAAAAAGCGAUUAGCCGAAGCUGAAAGCAUUCCGAACAGUUUGGCAUCCAGAAACAGUGACAGCAGCUUCCACGUCGCAGAACUCGAACAGAAGUUGCGGAAAGAGACGGCGAUGAACAAGAAAUACGAGCAGCGGUUGACGCAGUUAGAGAACCAGCUGAAGCACAAUAACGAUAACAAGUUAGAGGUAUCCCGACAGAAUGCGAGUCGAGUGAACGGAGCAGCAUUUGCAGGCAGAAAAAGAGCAGUUCAAGAAGCUAUACGAAGAAGCACACGGUCGGUCGAUAUAUUUGGAACGGAAGUUUGCGUCUCUGCAGCUCGAUCAGAAAAGGGACGAGGCAGAGAUUCCGAAAGUAGCCACACUGACCACGAAAGCGUAUGAUGACGACAAAGUCACUAAACUAGAGGUGCGGUUGAAUUAUCCAAAAAAGAAUUAUAGGAGUGUGAAUGUUACAGAGUCAAAUAAUGAACCUUUCGAAACGAUGCGACGACAAAGAGGAAGAGAUAUCAGAGUUGUCCACUGCAAUCACGAUGUUGAGGGGAGAGAACAUACUUCUCCAGCAGGUGAACUUGCAUUGCGAUAAAUAACGCCGUUCCUUUCUAUUCUCUUUCAGAAUAUCGAUCAGUACGAAAAGAAACGUUCUUUAUCUCCUGUGGACGAGUUUGGGUUUUUGGAUGGAAUGAGGGAUGAAUACGAGAAGUUCAAAAAGGAAAACGACAAUCCUCUGGGUACUUCUGUUGUGUGCUCGUUUCUGUAACUUUUCUCAUUCAGAUUUCUGCUGCUCUGCUCUACGCAACGACAUUCUGAUUCUAGUCGACAAAGCUGUUCUGGAAAACGCCAAGUCGGACCAAGUGAAACAACAACAGGCCCAGAUUGCAAAUGUAUUCUGAAAUUCUUUCGAGUUGUUCCAAUGUUCGUGUUUUAGCUGGAGAGAACUAUCAAAGUGCUCAACGAUAAAAUCAAUUGUAAUGACGCCUUCCGGUCUGAUGUUGAGAAGAAAUUGGCAAAGCUUGAGGAUGAUAUCCAACACCGUGACUCGGAAAUUACGUUCCAGAAGGAAGAAGUGAACAGAAUCAAGGAUAGUCUUCGGCUGGAGAAAAGCAAACGAAGUUAGCCGAGCUCAAUUCUAAAAUAACCUAAACUCUAGUUUUCAGAUGAAUUGGAAGAGGAUGUUCUCCGUCAAAGACACUGCGCUCAGGAGGAAAUCGAGUCAAGAGAUCAGGAAAUUGAAGCCUUCAGGUAGUAUGCGUCUGCAAUCCGUUAAAAAUGCUCGAUUGUGCUCAAUCUUCAGAAAAAUGCUGGUGUCACUGCGGCACGAGAAGAUGGAAAGGUCCCAGAAUGCUCGAAAGAUCUCGCGACACAAUCGAUCUUCGACACACGACGAAGAAUCCCGUCGGCGGAGCAGAACGUUCUCGCAGGACGAGAACUCUUCUGCUGUUCCCAAUGACCCGGAUUCGAAGAACGUCUACUACGAGAAUCAGCUGACCAAGAAGGAAUUCGACAUUCAGGAACUGAGGUCGGUGACUCAUUCUCGGCACGUUCCACCUGUUUCUGGUUUCAGGAAGCAGCUGAUGGACGUCGAAAUUCGCCUGCGAGAAAAUGAAUCGGUCGCAAUGUCCCGACAACUGGAAUCGGUCGCGCGGAAUGAAGAAAUGAUAGAAAAAGUCCGUGUGCUCGAAGGUAUCGAUUUUCAUUCCGAUGAUAUUCCAUUCCGAUUCUUUUUCAGGAAAACUUCAAAUGCUGUCAUCGACGAGUGAAAUCGACUACCUCCGCAAUAUUUUUACCCAGUUUCUGCAUUCGAUGGAAUCGCCGAAUGCCGCCAGCAAAGCGAUAUUGAAGGCGAUGGGGAGCGUGCUGAAAGUUCCGAUGGUUGAGAUGAAAGUGAUCGAUAAAAAAUAGGAGAUUCUUAUCAGAAAUAAAAUUGGGCGCCAAUUAUUUUCUCGGUCAUCAUUGUAUAUAAUUCGUGUUAUCAAAAAAUGUAGAGCUCUGCGGGUGAACUUUUUCCUUGGUGUGUUAAUUUUCUGCUUCAUAUCAAUCUGUUUUUUUCUUUGUGUCACUUCGAACAUUGUAUCUUAUAUCUGGUAACAAUAUUUCUUUCAAUUUCUGAUGUCUGCUUAAUUUUUGUGAGGUUUUGCACCUUUCAUGAUACUUGUAUUCAUUUCUGACAGAUCACUGAUUUAUUUGAAUUCAGAUGAGCAACUACCGAUACUCAAAACUCAACGAAGAAGAGUCAUCUCUAGAUGAAAUUCCAACGUCUGCUAGUCAAAUUCUGUCCCGACAAGAGGUACUCGAUCGAUAUCGAUCGACAAACCUAUUUUUUGAAUGUAAAUUGCAGCAAAUUAUCCAAGAUCAAGAUGAUGAGUUGGAAAUGGUCGGCAACUCUGUGCGCACUUUGCGAGGAAUGAGCUCAAUGAUUGGAGACGAGCUGGAUCAUCAAUCUAUGUACGCAGCUCGAUUUCUGUUAGAGUCAUGACCUUUUUUUCUGUUGCAGAAUGCUCGACGACCUCGGCCAAGAAAUGGAGUAUGCGGAGACACGGCUCGACACCGUUAUGAAGAAAAUAGCGAAGCUGGCGCACUUGGAAGAUGGUAUGUUGUAAAGACGACUGAUGAAAGUGAAUGGGAUGCUGACGUUGUACAGUGAAAACAUAGGCUGAUGGAUUUUGUUGUGGGAAAGAAAAAAAGACGGGAAGAACAAUGUGUCUGGCCACAUGCAUCAUCAUUCGUAUCGAUACGACCCGGAAACAAUGCGACUGUUUGCGCUUGAACCGGCGAAUUUGACUAAUAUUAAAUCUUAUCCGAUUCCGCUUGUACCGUACUUCACGGAAGACCAAGGGUUCAGAGCGAUGCGAGGCGUUUGCAGUCCACAUUCUCUUCGCACUGCUCCAUUCGCGUGUAUGCUAAAGCAAUGCGCGGAAGACAAAGGUUGCUGGGCCACCGGAAACAAUGCUUCACUUGUCUUUGUAUUCAUCCUUUUCAUUGCAGAUUCGAGCCAAUGCAAAAUGAUCAUGGUGCUGUCGGCCCUUCUAUUCUUCCUCAUCUUCAUCCUCAUUAUUUAA